AUGACAGAUUCACGGGAGAAGCCGGAAGAGCCUGGCCCCGAGGUGGAGGUGAGUCCUUCGGGCCUGUGCGAGGGAGACGCUGAGGAUGCCGGCAAUGGCCAAAACGGCUUCCACGACCUGGUGCCCACCAGCCUCGCCGAGCUGACGGCGAACGAGGAGGCGCACACCACCUCACAUCUCGUGGAGGGCGACUUCUUCCCAGAUGACUCGCCAGCACGUGUGGAGUUGGGUGCCGCCGGCGAGCGCUACAAUUUGGCUGUGGGUUCGGUGCAGGGGCGAGAAUUGGGGCAUCGCUUCGAGCAUGAGCAGGAAACGCCGACCGGGAUUGGCAGCAGCAGCAGCAGCGGCGGCAGCAAGGAGGACGCUUGUGUGGAGAGCGGCGAUGGUGUGUGCCCGUCACGGUUUCCGCCAGCGCGGCGUGUAGUCAAACGCGUGCGUUGGGCUGACGAGGGUGCGGCGCCCACUACGCUGCUGCAGCAGCAGUCAUCUACUGAUUCUGUCAGAACGGGGCUGACGUGUCCACCACCACCCGUUCUCCGCGAAGUGAAGAACACGGAUGGGACAGCGUACCUCUCGUGCAGGGCGCUGCGCCCGGCCCAACGCUUCGUUCUGUGGAAGCGCAGGAUGUCGACAGCCAAUGGGGGUGUGAGGGAGGAGACACCGUUUCGUCCGCAGCCGCACGGCGCCGUCUCCCCCACGCAGGAUGUCACGCUGCUCGCCGCCCUCCACCCGCCGUACCGCGCCGAGCACAUCGGGCCAGCGGUGCGGAUGCGCGUCGCCGAGAUUGCCGAGAGCGCGAAGAAGGGAGUGGCGCUCUGCGACGGUGGUCUUCAGAUGCCAAUGGUGCGAGCCUCUGAGCUCCGCAACGUCCCACUGCGGAUUCCGUUUUGA